AUGGAGGACAAUAUUAACAAACCAUAUAAAAUAUGUGAUAUGAAUCGUGAAAAGAAAAAGGGAAUAGUAGCAUCAUCGUUAGAGGACUUAAUUGGAAAAGUACCAGAAAAAUUAGGAUUGCCUCCUGAAAAUUUGACAGUCGUUCUGGAGUGUGACGGUACCGAAGUGGAUGAUGAGGAAUAUUUUUCAACCUUAGAUCCGGAUACUGCGCUUAUGAUUUUACAUGGAGAAGAAAAGUGGUCACCCAAUAUGCCUAAGUGUCAAGUUUCUUUGGAUCAGACUGAUGAAGUAAGUCUGGGAGAAAAAGGCCAGGUUGCUAGUCUUGUAGGUCGCUUGCAGCACAAUCUUUGCCAUAUUUCACUUCUGGGAGGCCAGGAUUUGGAAUUGCUUUCUGAUAUGGACCCUGACAGUCUGGCUGACAUUGUAACAGACAGGGAUAACAGGAUAAUUCUAGAGCACAUUAAGGAAGCUUCUGGAAGAAUACUGCUAGAGAAACGCCAAGCUCAGGAUGCAAUGGAGUUGUUAAAGCUAUACCAUCAGAGUGUUGCUAAUGGUGCUGAAGAUGUAUCUCCUCCAAGCCAGGAAACAGUGUAA